AUGAGCAACCCGAACAGGAGCUCGACGCUGGGAGGCGCGAGACAGGGAGGCGGCUUAGACUCGAGUCGCCGCCGGGGAAACAACGCAGUUCGUGGCGGGUCUCAGAACGUUGCUUCUGCUGUUGGUGCACAGCGCAGCGGAAGCACCACUGAGUCCGCUCGAGUUGUUGCUGAUUCUUCGGAAGCGAGCUCGGAACCGGCACCGUUCGUGGGCGCACACCAACCAACAGAAGCGCCCAAGCGAGACUCGGAGGCGGGUACUGCUGACGAGGCACGUCGGGCAGCUUCCGCGAAUGCUGCGACGAUGGCUUCACCCGACGAUUUGGCAAGAGAUAUGGAAAUGGCGCGCAUCAACACGAUAUCACUGAAACGUGUGGAGUCUGAACCGGAGGUGGCGCCGCUAAAGCUCAUGGACCAGCUCAUUUUCAGCACCGAGGACGGUUACCGGCAGGCGGAACUGGAGCUUCUCGCGAGCGGCCGCUCGACCGGCGAAGCAGCUGAAAGUCCAAUAACGCUACCUGACGUGCAGGCGGGUUCUUUUGGGGAGCGCCCCAUGGACAAGGCUCGGGACGCCGUCUCCGAAACACCGACGGAGGCGCAGAGCUACCUGCGCGAAGAGGCUGCUGUUAGCCCGCGCACAUCCAGUUCCGAACGAGAACGGGAGGAAAGCAACUGUGGACCGAAAUGUCCCAAACGCUACAGAAUUGCACUGUUUGCAUGGGAGUCGCUCUACUCGGUUGCGGUAGGCGGUGUUGCGCCGCACGUCACCGAACUCGCAGCAGGCCUAGAGCGUCGCGGCCACGAAGUUCACGUUUUCGUGAGGUCGGGUGCUGGCCAGGCCCCCUAUGAGCGAAUUGACGGUGUAUACGUGCAUCGUUGCAGCUUCGACUUGUCCCCGGACUUUGUGAAAGAGUGUGAGAAUAUGUGCAACUCAUUUAUGCACGCGAUGUACGAAGUGGAGUGUUUCAUGAAUGCUCAUUUCGAUGUUAUUCACUGCCAUGACUGGCUCACGGGGUUCGCUCUGACCAACGCGAAGCACAUCCUUGGACGGCCUGUCUGCAUAUUCACCAUCCAUUCUACGGAGUAUGGGCGUAGCGGCAAUAAUCACUACGGUGGCCAGUCGGCUCGUAUUCGCGAUAUUGAGCAGGCCGCAAUAUCUGCCGCCGAUCGUAUUAUCUGCGUCAGCGGUGUGCUUUGCGAUGAGGUCAAAGCGGUAUACUCUUUUGACUGGAACAAACUGCGCUGUGUCCACAAUGGUAUUAAUGCGCUGCGUUACGACGGGAAUUUGUGGGAUCCCGGAGAAGUCCGCGCGCGCUACGCGGUGGGCCCCCUGGAUCCAAUGGUGCUCUUCGUUGGGCGUAUGGCAGUCCAGAAAGGACCAGACCUGCUGGUUGAAGCCGCUCCCUUCAUCUUGAAGGCCCGUAGCGACACCAAAUUCGUGAUGGUCGGCGACGGCUACAUGAAACCAUCACUCGAGGCUCGCUGUCAUCAACUUGGUGUGGCACACGCUUUCCGCUGGACCGGCACCAUGGGCGGAGCACCGCUGGUUGAGGUCUUCAAAGCUUGCGACGUGGUCUGCGUGCCGAGUCGAAAUGAGCCGUUCGGGAUCGUUGUUCUCGAGGCUUGGGCGAGUGGAAAACCUGUCGUCGUCACAAAGAACGGCGGACCACGGGAGUUUGUCACUCAUGAAGUGGAAGGAUACCAGAUUGACACCAGUCCGGACUCCAUAGCUUGGGGAAUAUGCAAGUGUUUCGAAAACUUCGAUCAUUCGAGGUUCAUGGGCGAGCAGGGUCGCAAGAAAGCACAAAGGGAGUUUAGCUGGGAUCGCAUUGCGGAACUCACGAAUAACGUCUACGAUGAGUUGUUGCUCACACGCCCGUAUUAA